AUGGGCGGUAACUCACGAGCGUGGAGUCGCCCCGGCUCUGGGCUCCUCGGUGCCAACGUGGGGCCCUGGCGGCACCUCUGCGAGCCCAGGCCCGCAGCAGCAUCUCCCGUGCGUUUUUCCUCCUCGUCUCACGGUGUGCUGUGUUGUCCCGUGCAGAGCUCCACACAGGAGAUCGGAGAAGAGCUGGAGGAUGGCGUGAUCUACAGCAUCUCGCUCCGGAAAGUGCAGCUCCAUCACACGGCCAACAAAGGGCAGCGCUGGCUGGGGUUUGAGAACGAGUCUGCCUUGAACCUCUACGAGACGUGCAAGGUACGGACCAUCAAAGCUGGCACCUUGGAGAAGCUGGUGGAGUACCUGGUCUCGGCCUUCAAGGGCAAUGACUCUACCUACGUCACCAUCUUCCUGUGCACUUACCGGGCCUUCGCCACCACCAAGCAAGUGCUGGACCUGCUGCUUAACAGGUAUGGCAAACUGCACGUGCAGCCGAACGGGGACCACGCCAGGCAUGCCGUGGACGAGAGGACGGAGCUCAAGAACACCAUCUCCUCCAUCCUGGGCGCCUGGCUGGACCAGUACUCCGAGGACUUCCGCAAGCCCCCGGACUUCGCCUGCCUCAAGCAGCUCAUCUCCUACGUGCGCCACAACAUCCCCGGCUCCGACCUGGAGCGCCGCGCUCGCAUCCUGCUCCACCAGUUUCAGCAGCAGGAGCACAGCGAGGCCGAGGCGGAAGCUGUGGACCACGGCAGCUGCCCCUUCCAGCUGGGCGAGGAGAACGGCCUCGGCGAGGGCAAGUCCGACUUCCUUUCCUUCUCCCCGGAGAUGGUGGCGGAGCAGUUCACGCUGAUGGACGCUGAGCUGUUUAAGAAAGUGGUGCCUUACCACUGCCUGGGCUGCAUCUGGUCGCAGCGAGACAAGAAAGGCAAAGAGCACCUGGCACCCACCAUCCGUGCCACCGUGUCGCAGUUCAACAGCGUAGCCAACUGCGUCAUCGCCACGUGUCUCGGGGACCGCUCGCUGAAGCCGCAGCAGAGGGCCAAAGUGGUGGAGCGGUGGAUCGAGGUGGCUCGGGAGUGCCGCAUCCUGAAGAACUUCUCCUCGCUCCGAGCCAUCCUCUCAGCUCUGCAGUGCAACGCCGUUCACCGGCUGAAGAAGACGUGGGACGAGGUCCUACGGGAGAGCUUCCGCACCUUCCACGAGCUCUCAGAAAUCUUCUCCGAUGAGAACAACCACUCUCUGAGCCGGGAACUCCUCAUUAAGGAGGGCACGUCCAAAUUCGCCACCUUGGAGAUCAACCCGAAGAGGGCUCAGAAGCGGCAGCAGCAGCAGCGGGAGAUGGGCGUGAUGCAGGGCACCAUUCCCUACCUCGGCACCUUCCUCACAGACCUGGUGAUGCUCGACACCGCCAUGAAGGACUUCCUGGACGGAGGGCUGAUCAACUUUGAGAAGAGAAGGAAGGAAUUCGAAGUCAUCGCCCAGAUCAAGCUGCUUCAGUCGGCCUGCAACAACUACAGCUUCACACAGGAGGACCAUUUUGUGGACUGGUUCCAUAGCCUGGAGCGGCUGAGCGAGGCUGAGAGCUACGGGCUGUCGUGCGAGAUCGAGCCUCUGUCAGAGUCGGCCAGUAACACGCUGAAGGCGAAGAAAAACACGGGCAUCAUCAAGCGAUGGAGCGACCGGCAGCCACCGAGCAGCGAGCCCUGCACCAGCGGCAGCUCCCACUCGAAAUCCUUCGACCAGCUCAAGUGCGGGCAGUACCUGUGCAGCGGGGACACCACCGACUCGGUGAGCGUCACGUCCGCCGGCUCCAGCAGCUCUGACGUGGAGGAGAUCAACAUCAGCUUCAUCCCCGAGUCCCCCGACUGCCAGGAGAAGAAGUUCUGGGAAUCCACCUCUCUCUCUUCCCUGGACACGUCGGGGAUCGGCUCAGGCUCCAGCAGUGCCUCGUCCUCUUCCGUCUCCUCCACGCCGGUGACGGCCUCCCGUACCCACAAGCGCUCCGUCUCCGGCAUCUCCAGCUAUUCAUCCCUCUCGCUGCCCCUCUACAACCAGCAGGUCGAUGACUGCUGCAUCAUCCGUGUCAGCCUGGCCGUGGACAACGGCAACAUGUACAAGAGCAUCCUGGUGACGAGCCAAGAUAAGACCCCCGUUGUUAUUCGCAAGGCCAUGGCCAAACACAACUUGGAUGGGGACCGUCCUGAAGACUAUGAACUUGUCCAGAUCAUCUCGGAGGAGAGAGAGCUCAAAAUCCCCGACAACGCCAACGUCUUCUACGCCAUGAACUCUGCUGCCAACUACGACUUCGUGCUCAAGAAGAGGGGCUUCUCAAAGGGCGUGAAGAUCAAGCACGGCUCCAGCUCCACCCUGCCCCGCAUGAAGCAGAAAGGCCUGAAGAUCGCCAAGGGCAUCUUCUAGCCCCAGCCCCACUGCCACCCCUCACCGACAGGGCCUUGGGGGCCAGCUGCACCGGGGCCACUUGGUGCCACC